AUGAGGAAUCAUUACGACGAAGAGAACAGCCCGGACAAUAAUCCAGAGGAGGACAACAUUGUCGUCGAUCAGGUGAACACGUCGCGCAAUUCGCACUCUGAUAAUGAUCCUAACGUGAGGAGAUAUAGAACCGCCUUUACGAGGGAGCAACUAACUCGGCUAGAAAGCGAAUUUAGCAGAGAAAAUUAUGUGAGCCGUCCAAGAAGAUGCGAAUUGGCCACACAGCUUAACUUGCCAGAGUCUACGAUAAAGGUGUGGUUUCAAAAUCGACGCAUGAAAGAUAAGAGGCAGCGGCUAUCCUUGUCAUGGCCCUUCUCGUGGAAUUCGGAUCCUACUCUAGCAGCAGCGUUGCUCGCGGCUGCCUCGGCUGGGACGUUUCCGCACAUGGGUUACCCGGCUAUUCCCACGUCGAAUUUAUCAGCGACGACACACUUGGCCCCUUCGGCAGCACCGUAUCCGAACGCGGCCGCAGCCGCGGCUGCGUCUACUUAUUAUCGUUAUACCGGGUAUCAUCCGAACAAUUCAGUUACUGCGCUCCAUCGACCACAUGUCCGUCCUUUGAGCGGCCCUUAUCCCGCACCCUCGCACCUAUCGCUGCCCUCGCACCCGUCAAUGCCACCUCUGCAUAUCCUGUCGAGUAUGCAGAUGCCGAACAUCGCUUCCGCCUUUCCUUCCAUGGGCAAUCCGCCUCCUCCUCCUCCUCCUCCUCCUCCUGUCACCAUGCCAUAUCGACCGCCAUUAAUCGAAGAACUUAGCCCGGUAAAUUCUUCCUCCUCCAGCGAGUACGAUUACGGAGCGAGUCCUCCUAGUCAGUUGUCGCAUCCACCGUCUCAUCACUCGGUCCAGCAGCUGCCGUUGCCGCUGCCGCAUUCGCAUCCGGAUCAUUCGCAUCACGCGCAUCGCCUUACCGCACCCGUCAUGCCAAUAAUAUCACAACGAGACAGACUCAGCAGCGGCGAGCAGCCGAUGAGACUAAACGGUAUGAGUGUACCGGUCAUGACGGUACUGCCAUUUGAGAACAACGUGAGUAACGCCUCGUACAAUCAUCACGUGGCAAUUCCUUCGACGUCGGAUAUAUCAGCCUUAUCGUCGCUUUCAUUGAACAAGUCUGAGAAGGAGUUGGAGGAGGAGAAGAAGGAGAAGGAGGAGAAGGACAAGAAGGAAAAGGAAAAGAAAGAAAAGGAGGAGAAGGAGAAGAAAGAAAAGGAAAAAAAAGAGAAGGAGCAAGAGCAGCAUCAACAGCCGCAGUCACUUCAGCUAUCUUAUCCAUUUCAACCAUCUCAACCACCUCAGUCAUCGCAGCUACGGCACCCACCGCAGCCCAAGUUGUUUCAGCCAUACAAGAACGACAAGGAUCAAAACGGUACGAUGUAA